AUGCGCGCGCGCGUCGCGCACACCGUACCUGGCAUGCAUGGGCGCGUCGCUGCUCCGGCUGCACUUCCACUCGACGACUGCUUUGUUAACGUGAGCAAGCUUCAGUCUUUCUCUCGUUGCUUCAGUGUUUCAGUCGCGCUCGGAGGGCCGACAUGGACGGUUCUUCUAGGGAGGAGGGACUCUACCACCGCAAGCAAGACCAAUGCAGAACGCGACCUGCCUCCUCCUUCCUUCGACCUCACGAAUCUCACCACCGCUUUCGGCAACAAGCAACUCAGCGUAACAGACAUGGUGGCGCUCUCAGGUACCCACACCAUCGGGCAGGCGCAGUGCCUCAACUUCGGGGACAGGCUCUACAACGAGACCAACAUCGACACGACGUUUGCGACGUCGCUCAAGGCCAACCGCCCGCGACCAACCGGCUCCGGCGACGGCAGCCUGGCGCCGCUGGACACGACGACGCCCAACGCCUUCGACAACGCCUACUACACCAACCUGAUGUCCCAGAAGGGGCUUCUGCACUCGGACCAGGUGCUGUUCAACGGCGGCAGCACCGACAACACCGUCAGGAACUUCGCCUCCAGCGCAGCGGCGUUCAGCAGCGCCUUCGCCACGGCCAUGGUUAACAUGGGGAACAUCGCGCCCAAGACGGGGACGCAGGGCCAGAUCAGGCUCACCUGCUCCAAGGUGAACUCUUAG